AUGGUUGGAGGUUUACCAUCGUAUCGUCAAUCAAUGUAUCCAAACGAAAAGUCACCUACUUUACUCUCGCCAGCAUCGGCAAAAGCGAAAACAAGCAAGUCCGAAAUGGAGAACGAUUCUGCGUCAAUGAUGAGCACAUCAACAUAUACCUCCACUGUGAGCUUGCUGAAAAGCAAGCUUCACAGCCACAAGGACAAGAAGGAGGAAAAGCCUAAAUCUACCAAAGAAAAGAGGAAGAGCUUGCCGAAGGAUCCUAAGUCACCAAGGGCACGAACGGCAGAGGCCUACAUGGUUCAAGCGAUGCUGCGUUAA